ACUUUAUGUCAAUGGCUCUCGAUCAAUUUCUCACUUGCCCAUUUCGUUCUUAAUGAAUAAAUAUCUAUCAGAAUGAAUAAAUAUCUUGAUUGUGGCAUUCCAUCUAUCUAUCUAUAUAUAUAUAUAUAUCUAUCUUGCAUUAAAAGAUAAAUUAGCGGAGUUCGUUAUUAAUUCUUCCUCUCUUCUUAAUGGAUAUUUAUACGAAUUUGGUACCAAAAUUUUAUCUGGUUGCUAUAUUGCUAAUACUUGAGCUAUUGUUGCCUAUCAUAAACAAAGCAGGAGCACAAUCCAUAGGUGUGUGCAAUGGACAAUUCGGCAACAAUUUACCAUCGGCGCAGGAAACUGUAGACUUAUACAAAUCCAAAGGCAUUGGGAGGAUGCGAAUCUAUUAUCCAGACCAAGCAACGCAGCAGGCCCUCAGAGGAUCCAAUAUAGAACUCAUCCUCGGCGUUCCGAACUCAGAUCUUCAACCGCUUGCAUCCGAUGCUUCAGCCGCAACUCAAUGGGUCCAGAAGAAUGUAAUAGCCUACUCACCCGAUGUCAAGCUCCGAUACAUUUCUGUGGGAAGUAAAGUUGAUCCCAACAAUCCUACAACUCGUUUUGUUCAGUUUGUUCUCCCCGCAAUGCGAAACAUCCACAACGCCAUUGUAGCAUCUGGAUUACAAGACCAAAUCAAGAUUUCAACAGCAACACACGUGGGACUUUUGGGCAAUUGGUACCCUCCGUCACAAAGCGUAUUUGGAGAGAGCGCGCAGUCGUUCAUGGAGCCAAUCAUCGGCUUCCUAAUUAACAAUAGUGCCCCAUUACUCGCCAGCAUACACCCUUACUAUAGCUAUAUUGGUGACACACAAAACAUUCAGCUUCCUUAUGCCUUAUUUACUGCAUCAGGAGUAAUUGUACGAGACGGUUCGUUAGACUACACAAACCUUUUUGAUGUAUUGUUGGAUGCCAUGUACUGUGCUGUUAAGAAGGUAGGUGGACAGAGUUUGGAGAUUGUGGUUUCGGAGAGUGGCUGGCCGUCUGCGGGUGGUACUGCAGCGACUGUGGAGAAUGCAAACACUUACUAUAGAAAUUUGAUGAAUCAUGUCAAGGGAGGGACUCCAAAGAGGCCAGGGAAGGCUAUACAAACUUAUUUGUUCGCCAUGUUUGACGAGAACCAAAAGAUUGGGGCAGAGAUGGAAGCUCAUUUUGGCCUGUUCAGUCCUAAUAGGCAACCUAAAUACCAAAUUUCUUUUAAAUUAGUUUCUUUUUAUUUCUAUUGUCCAGUCAAAUAAUUCCCACAAUACUCCUGCAAAACUCAAACUCUGUAGAUACAAUUUGGCCAUGGACCUUGAUAAAUUGCUUUCAAUUAAGAUAGUGAUGAAUUUUUAAAAUGAA